AUGAGUAACCGCCAUCUGCCGGCUGGGCAGGGCAUACAAGCCGCGGCCGGAGGCAUCAACGGUGGCAUGGAUUUGAAUGGAAACAUGGGGGGCCCUCGACGGAGACAGCAGCAGUACAUGAAUCCCUAUCACCAACAUCAGCUGCAGAACCAACAUCCGCAGCACAUGAACCACAUGUACUCCAACUAUGCGCCGUAUGCUCCCCAGCAGUAUUAUGGCAUGCCGCCGCAUCAGUAUCAGACUGGAGGCGUUCCAGCUCCCGGAUACAUGCCCUAUCAGAACUACAACACCAGGUCCCCGCCGCCCAUGCAGCAAUACGCCCCCAUGGUUGGGGUCAGCAUCCCGCCGAGCUACCCUCGAGCGUCUCCUAAUCCGAUGACGCCGUACCAGCCUCCGCUUGCUCCCGCCCCUGGCUUGCCCCAUACUCCGUCCUCGACACACUCGUCACAGCUGCUUCCUCCGCCCACGCCCACGACUCCUCAGACGCCUCCGGUCGUUCAGCCAGCCCCUGUGCCGGUGCCUGUCCAAGAGACAACUCCUGCUCCUGCUCCUGUUGCCCCUUCCCCUGUCGUUGCCCCUGUUGUCGAGUCACGCGAGCCUUUUCGCCCACCGCUUCCCUGGCUGUCACGCCCCGACGUCGAAUUUCCCGUGAGGACUCCGCGAUCAAAACGGCAGAGAAAGCUUUUGGGUGCAGAGGACAAGGCAGUAUCGCUGCCUACAGGGCAGUUUGAUGUCUCUGUGGAACAACAAAUCAACCAGGAGCCUGCGGCAUCUGCUCAAAGCGAGCCAGCCCAAAAGCAAGAGAGAGGGUCUACUUCGACUUCUGAUCAUGCUGAAACCUCCAAAUCCGUAGGGGAAGAAGGGGCGACUAAAGCUUCCGCCACAGCUGAUGCAUCUGGCACUCGCCCAGCUGCACCCGCUGCACCUGUGGUCCCUGUGCUACCAAAGCAUGGCCCUAAGCCAUCCGCUUCUGAAGCUUCUGUGAUGGCGGAGCAGGAAAAGAUCAACGGAGAUGCUGCCAAGUCUGAAGAUCAAGGGGCUGCGACUGAUGCCUCCCCUGAGGUCCAACCCAAUGGCACAAGCCACCCUCCAAGCCCCGUGGUUAAGGCUGCACCUACCAGCUGGGCAAAUCUCUUUGCCAAGCCAUCGGCUCGAGCUCAGACGGGAUUGAAUGGUUCAGCUGGUGGAGAUGUCGCCAAUGGAGAUUCAACAGACGCCGCAAAUAACUUUCCUGGGUCAGCCUUUUCCAAAUCAAACGCCAGCUCUCUUGCUCAGGCAAUUCAGUCAUACCAAGUCGAGAACAAUGACAAGAUCGAUUUCCUUGAGCCGCGCGGACUCAUCAACACUGGUAAUAUGUGUUACAUGAACUCUGUGCUGCAAGUGCUCAUGUUUUGUGUGCCGUUUUACGACUUGCUUGACCAAGUGGGCAAAAAGGCCGCUCACAGCUUCAAGAGCGAGACUCCUCUGAUUGAUGCCUUGAUCAUGUUCAUGAGGGAAUACAAUGUACUCAAAUCGUCUGCGUCCGUUGAUCAGCUCAAUCGAAUUCUGAAGAACGAAGAUCUCGAACGUUACGGCGAGCCCUUUACCCCUGAGUUUGUCUACGACGCUAUCCGACAGCUCUCCCGAUUUGCCAGCAUGCGACGUGGUCAUCAACAGGAUGCAGAGGAGUUCUUGGGCUUCCUGCUUCAGUCACUUGACGAUGAGUGCACCCACGUCAUGAAGGAUUUGCCAGUUGGACACGAGGAAGUGCCUUCAUCUAACGCUUCUACCGGGGGAUCUGUUGCGGCUUCUGACGAUUGGCUUGAAGUCGGCCGCAAGCAACGCGCCGCCGUCUCUCGCUUAUCGGGCCACAACACAUCAACCCCUAUCACCAAGAUCUUUGGUGGCCUUUUGAGAUCUGAGUUUCGCGUGCCAGGGCUGAAGGAUUCCAUCACUACCGAACGCUAUCAGCCUCUUCAGCUGGACAUUGGAUCUCCUGAUGUCAGAAAUGUUGUUGAUGCCCUACGUGGACUGACUCGUCCAGAGCGUCUUCAAGGAGACUUCAACUCCCCUCGUGGGAAGGAUGUUACGGCCACGAAACAAGUCUUUAUUGAAACCCUACCGCCAGUCCUGAUCCUACACCUCAAACGAUUCCAGUUUGAUGCUGAAGGUCAUGGAACUGUCAAGAUCUGGAAGAAGAUUGGGUAUCCUUUGGAGCUUGAAAUCCCCCGCGAGGCUUUGUCGAGACAGAAACGCCAGAACCUCGACGAUGCUUCAAUGCCCAGAUACAAGCUCAUCAGCGUGGUGUAUCACCACGGAAAGAAUGCUAGCGGCGGCCACUACACCGUAGACGUGAGGCGACAGGAUGGUCGCGAGUGGAUUCGGCUGGAUGACACUGUCAUUCGGCGCAUCCGGCCCGAAGACGUUGCCGAAACUGGGUCCGAGGAAGAUGCCAAGGAGGUACGCAAGGAUGCCGCCUCGAAUGUUAGCAGCAACCGAUUCGGAGCCAUGAACGACGACGACACUGGCGAUGAAGACGGUUGGAAGCAAGUCACUGCGCCAACUAAUGGUGGCAAGCGAUGGAGCAGUGUUGUCAACGGUGGAGCUAAUGGAGCUGUCAAGGAGAAGCAAGUCAAGGACAGCAUCAAAGAUAACAAGGUCGCAUAUCUCUUGUUUUAUCAGCGUAUAUAA